UCCAAACUGGUCAACAUGAACUGUAUUUAUUUCUAAUCCUGCUCUCUGAUAAUAUAAUAAUAAAAAAAUCUUCAAUACCUUCACCUCAGUCACAUAAAGUUUGGUCAGUACAUUUCCAAAAGCUUUUACACUAUAUGCUGUUUGCACGUUGCAAUGGCAAUUMUUAUAGCUGCACUGGUUUAUUUACAGAAAAUUGAAUAUACAUGUGGUCAUCUACAAAAAAGCCUUUCAUAAGGCUUUUAUUUUUCGUGCACAUGAAGUUUUCUGCAAAUGCAGUAAAAUAUAGUGUCGGCGCUAACUACACUGAGCAGCAGAGGGAGCUGAACUCAUUUGGUGGCAAAGAUGCGGCGGAUUUGAGUUGACGUUCUCGGGAUUAACUUGUUUAUGUUAUGUCGCCAUAUUCAUCACAUUUUGCAUCUGAUUUCUGAAGCCUGUGAGGAMUAGCUUGUGAGCAUUUUUACCAAGCCUUCAGUGGUGGACGACGUGGCCGUGCGGGAGGCUGUGGAUGAUGGGGCGGGGGGGAGUCCUGCACCGCGGGGUGAGCGCCUGAGGAGCGGACGUCGCACCCGAGGUUGCAUCGCUCAUGUCCCGCCACGGUCAUAAAUAUGGGGGCCGACGGAAGUAAAAGCAGGAAGAGAGCCUCUGAAGUGGGAGAAGAUGAGCACAUCUCUGGUUGGCGUGGCUUCCUCUCCACCGUGAGCCUUUCCAUCCCAGCAGGCAUCUGUCGCCUGGCUCCACCCGCGCUGGGUCUGGGCCAGCGUCGAAUGCUCCGAAGCAAAGCCCCCGAGGUUCCGGAGCACGUCCUGCGGUUGGCGGGGGUCGGUCUGGGCAUGCUGAGGGCCGAGUGGAGCUUUCCCGGGUUUGUUUCCAUGUUUCUCCCCGAAUUCCCCCACAGACCCGUGCCUGGGCACGAACACUUUCAGGUGUUGGGUUACAUCGCCAAAGGUUCAUUUGGACCCAUUCUAAAAGUGAAGGACAAGAGCAAACAGAAAACAUAUGCUGUUAAAGUUAUCCCAAAAUCCGAAAUUCUACGACUUGGAGUCUUGGAGCAGUCAAAGGAAGAAGUUAUCGUCCAGCGUCAGGUUCGCCAUCCAUUUGUCCUGGACCUUCAGGACUGCUGGCAGACUCAGCGCCACCUUUACAUUAUGUGUGACUACUGCAGCACAGGAGACCUGUACACCUACUGGCAGAUGAUCGGUCAGUUCUCUGAGGACACCGUGCGAGUGUUUGCUGCAGAGUUGGGAUGUGCACUCGAUGGAAAACAUUCUGCUGACAGAUAACGGUCACCUCCGCUUGGCUGACUUUGGUUUGUCCCGUCGCCUGGAGAGAGGAGGCAGAGCCUUCACSAUCUGUGGAACCAUCCAAUACAUGGCCCCCGAGGUGCUGAGUGGUGGACCCUACAAUCACGCAGCUGAUUGGUGGUCACUGGGAAUCCUGCUCUUCUCAUUGGUUACUGGGAAGUUCCCCGUGCCUCCAGAACCAGACCACUGCAGCAUGCUGAGGAAAGUCAGGGGUUUUCCUUACGAGAUGCCCCUCAGCUUCAGCCCCCCACUCUCCCUCUUAAUAAGUGAGCUUUUGUGCAAGAAUCCCUCCCGCCGCCUGAGGAGCCUGGAUCGUUUCAAACGCCAGACUUUCUUCCACAAAACAACAUUCGACUUCGACCUGCUGCAGCGUCAGCCUGUGGAGGUGAUUUUGGAGUUGCGGGAAAGGCCAGACCGCGCCGCCAAAGCUCGACGAGGCCUCACGUUGUCCCUGCAGCCUCUGAGGGGCUUCGACUUCGACUCGCUCCUCAGCCCCCCGACUACGRCGGAAACGCAGCCGGACGCAGAGGCGCUCGCUCGCCCGGCCGCACCGCUGCCCGGCCCGGCGCUGAGGGCCCCUCGAGGGACAGGAGCACGCAGAGAGGUUCUAUAGAAGGACUUUCUCMCCUCCUAUGAAUGAUUGAACUAAAGCAAACAUCUAAACCUCAGAUUCUGAUCUGCACGACUACGACUUUGCAUUUAUUUUCYUUAUUUUUCAGAGGAGCACUCUCAGGUUCUUCCAAUUUAACCUCAAUGUUUGCACCUAAAUGUGCAGAUCUGAGCAGGAAUGAUGAGCAACAAGUCAAAUCCUCACUAAAAACUUUGUUUACCUCUAUUUCAUCUUGGGUUUUUUUUWAAAAAUACAAGAAUAUUUUCUAACAUUCAAAGCUGCUGCACCUCCUGAUCUUAAAAACCUGCACUGACCUUUUCUCUGAAUGCCUCACGUCAGUCUCAGCUUGCUUUUUUAACUCACAAAAAUACUUGUGUACAUAACUGUACAAUUAUGCACCUCCUUAUAAAGUUCUUAUGAAUAUUACAGAGAAUAUUUCGUACCAAUGUUGUGUUUUACAGUAUAGAUAUUAAGUUUUUCAAACAGAUUAUACAAACGCUUUGCUGAAUUAUUCUGCCUUUGCAGCACUGAAGGAAGUAAGAGUUGUGGUGAAGACUCCUGAAAUGAUUUUUCAGUGUGUGAAUAAAAGGUCAAUAUUGCUUCACUUU